AAAGUCGCGGAAAAUAUAUUCAUUUAUUAUUUGUGAUUAAAAUGAGUGUAAAUUAUUGUUCAGUGGUUUGUCUUUUAUUAUGUUUUGUUAGUUUAGGUUUUGCCGACUAUUUGUCAUUAGACGGGAAUGAAUGGAUUGCCACCAGUUUUAAUAAAUCAAUUAAAGUUGAGGCAAAAGUACCGGGAAGUAUAUACUCGGACCUCAGGAGAGCACAGGUCCUCAAACAGGACUUAUUGUAUGAGAAAAAUGAUGUCAACUAUCGAUGGGUUGCUUACGAUAACUGGACAUAUGAGCGCACAUUCACUGUGGAUUCAAAACUUCUGGACAAGAAAAAUGUCAAUUUAUUGGCCAAUGGUAUUGACACAGUUAGCAGUGUUUAUAUUAACGACCAAUUGAUCGGCAAAACAGACAAUCAAUACAUUAGAUAUGUCUGGGAUGUGAAGAAAGUGUUAAAAUCGGGACAAAACACAUUACGACUGGCCUUUCAAUCGGCGCCUCUUUAUGCCAAACAACAAUCGGAGGAUUUUCUACAAAAAUAUAAUUAUAAAGUCAUUCCGGAUUGUCCCGGACCUCAACAGUUUGGAGAGUGCCAUGCUCCUUUUAUUCGUAAAAUGCCCGCUUCAUUCAGUUGGGAUUGGGGCCCGGCGUUCCCAACACAAGGGAUUUGGAAACCCAUAGGAAUCGAAGCCUUCGAUAGUAUUCUCAUCAGAGAUAUCACUAUUGAGACGAUUCCCGACCCGAAGAAUGCCAGUCAAUGGACACUAACUGUUAAUGCAUUCGUAGAGUCGGCACCGAAUCAACAAAUGGAUGGCAUUUUUGAUAUUAAAUUAGAUAAUAAUGUUUUGAUUGAUAAACAAAAACAAACAAUUAAAUCCGAUGGUCAGGGAAAGGCUAAAAUGAUGAUUGUCAUCUUUAUUACUAACAUCCAAAUCAUCACUUGGUAUCCAAACGGUGUUUCAGACAAUACACAGAAGUUAUAUCAACUCAAUGUCCAAAUAGAUGUCAAUAAAGAAGUUUCGACACAAACCAAGAAAAUUGGUUUCCGAACCAUAAAACUGGUUCAAAAUCCUGUAAAACCCGAAGGCCUGACCUUUUUCUUUGAAGUAAAUUCCCAGCCUUUCUAUGCGAAGGGAUCGAAUUGGGUCCCAACCAAUGUCCUGACGGAAGACAUCACUCCCGAGUACUUGAGACACGUCUUAGGAUCAGCUAAACGUGCGAACAUGAAUAUGAUGAGAGUGUGGGGCGGAGGGGUGUAUGAGUCGGACCUGUUCUACGAGUUGGCCGAUGAGUACGGGAUUAUGAUUUGGCAGGACUUCAUGUUUGCCUGUUCUCUAUAUCCGGCGCACAACGAGUUCUUAGAUUCAGUUAAAAAUGAAGUGAUCACUCAAGUCAGGCGCAUUCAACACCACCCAUCACUCGCCAUUUGGACAGGUAACAAUGAGAACGAGAUUGCCCUAGCCUGGUGGUGGAACAAUGUGCUCAAUUACUUCGUCGACUAUCGAAAGCUAUACGUGGAGACCAUCGGGAAGACAGUGGCGGCCGAAGACCCGACCCGACCGUACCUGACGUCGAGUCCGUCCAAUGGGUUGGAGAGUCAGAGCGAGAACUAUACGGCCAAACAUCCGGACGACUGGCGUUACGGCGAUACACAUUAUUACAGCGACGACUCACACCUCUGGGACUGGACUACACUUCAGUCGCCUCAAGACUUCCCUCCAGUGUAUAGACGGGUCCGUUGUCUGACCACUUAUACACAUUCAGAGUGUAUCUGA